AUGCGGGCGGGGUUCGUGUUGGGGUCGCCGGGGCUGCUCUGUCUGCUCGUCCUGGCCCUGUUGCCCCUCGCCAAUACGCAACACGCCUAUGCACGAAGGGAGGGAAGGGCUCGCCGUCGAUGCUUCCAGUGCAACAUGCCAAUACAAUGCGAAUCCGGGAGUUGUUAUGGGGAUGUUUGCAUAAAAUCGUUAGCCAACGGCCGCUACGUCAGCAAAGGAUGCGAAAAUUUCACCGAAAACGUGCGCAGCUACCGUAGCCAAGGGAUCACGGCGUGGGACCCGAAGCGCGACAAGUCAUACUGUAAAACGGAGCAGGUGUUCGGCAUUGAGUCGGAGAUUUGCUACUGCAGCGAUUCCGACUUUUGCAACGCGACGCCGACGCCACGCUCCUAUCUACUCAUCCCGGUUGCAACCUUCUCAUUUUUCUUCUUGCUCCUAAGGGUC